CGUAGUAGGAUCCGAGCGCCCGAAUGUCGCAGUGCGCCUGAGCGAGAAAGAGAGGAAGUGGCGGCUGAAGCAGCUCCGCACCUUUUCCGGUAACACCGACAGCAGCACGACCGGGACCGAAAAACCAACCGGAGAGGAACAGAAGGGACCGAACCGAGCCGGGGCUGUUUUAUGAGGGACUGAAGAGGGGGAACUCGGGAUGAAUGACUGACGUUUGGAGUUUCUUGUGACCGAACAAACGAUCUGAAGCGCGUCUGAAGGGAAUGAGCGCGAAAAAAAGGCGACCCGACAGCCGGUACACAAGAAGGAAGUCUGAGGAAACCAGAAAGGCCUGGCACAGAUCUAAACACAUAUUAUUUUAGGACGAUUUUUUCCUGAUUUUUGAGGGUCGUUUGCGGUGCUGUAGGAGUUUUGCGAAACCUACAGCGUUUAAGUGUUUUUCUGAGUGAUUGUCGCUUGCCAAAGCUGCAAAAACCAAAAAGUUGCAUUCCUCUCCCUGCAACUAACUUAAUAUAUGCACAGCCAACAAGAUGGGGAAGAUGCUUUCGAAAAUCUUCGGCAACAAGGAGAUGAGAAUAUUGAUGCUUGGACUUGACGCGGCGGGAAAGACGACGAUCCUUUACAAACUCAAACUGGGACAGUCGGUCACCACCAUCCCGACGGUGGGCUUCAACGUGGAGACCGUUACGUACAAGAACGUCAAGUUUAACGUGUGGGACGUGGGCGGUCAGGAUAAGAUCCGUCCGCUUUGGCGGCACUAUUACACCGGCACCCAAGGCUUGAUCUUCGUAGUGGACUGUGCGGAUCGCGACCGGAUCGACGAGGCUAGACAGGAGCUGCAUCGCAUUAUUAACGACCGUGAGAUGCGCGACGCAAUCAUCUUGAUCUUCGCCAACAAGCAAGACCUUCCGGAUGCCAUGAAGCCGCACGAGAUCCAGGAGAAGCUGGGUUUGACUCGGAUCAGAGAUCGCAAUUGGUACGUUCAGCCGGCCUGCGCUACGACGGGCGACGGACUCUACGAAGGACUCACCUGGCUCACGUCCAAUUACAAAUCCUAACGCGAGCGGGUCGAAGACACGCCAAACUAGAAGCAAUUAACCAAUAACUCUGGCUUCUGUCAGUAAAGUUCGGUUUUAUUCUCUGUCUUUGAUUUCGUUGACAUGUAACCCGACUUUUCUUUCGUACGCCCGUUCUGUAGUCCUCCUGUUGCGUUGUAAUGUCCAUAAAGUAUUACUUUCAGAAGCUGUGGGGUCAAAAAAAAUGGGGUUUUGUGUCUGAAGAUCUGGUUUGUCAGUCCAAAAAUGGCAGCUUGUUUGUUUACCUCUGUGCCAUCACGUUUAACGAAUGUAUCGGGAAAAUCGCUUUGAAAUAAACUCACCAGUCCAAGCAGAACGUUCUGAUUGUGUUCCAUGAAGGAGCUUUUGAAUCUAUAGGCCUUCCAUAUUCACACUGCUUUUGGCCUUUUCUGGAGGUUCUCCACUAAACGUGUGGAGAAGCUGGGAACGAGUGUGAUUUGAGGAAUGAAAACAGCAUCAUCUUGUGUUUCUGAUCUAAUCCAGACGUCUUAACCCGUUUCUAUCACGGGUUCUGGUACCGACUCCUCGAACCGUGACCGCAAACCGCACAAAUCACACCAAGCCUCUUUUUCUCUUACUAAAUUAAUGCUUUUGUUUUAUUAUUUUGACACAUUUGU